GAACUUAUGAUUCUUAUACACGAUUUCACUGCAAAUGGUUAUACUGGAUGGGUGAAGCACGCUGGAAAUAUUAUACAUGGACAAUCACUGGAUUAUAACGUAGUUUCUGUGGAUUGGCAGAGGGGAGCAGAGCCACCAUAUGAUCAAGCAAUAGCUAAUGCCAGAGUUGUUGCUUUGGAAAUUAUUAUUUUGCUCAAAGAACUCAAAGAGAAAAUGCAUUAUGGUUUCGAAAAUAUUCACAUCGUUGGACAUGGAAUUGGUGCUCAUAUUGCUGGUUAUGUUGGGACUACUCAUGAUAAAAUUAAAAAAAUUACAGGUUUAGAUCCAAGUGGUUUCAGAUUUGAAGGAAUGCCAAAGUCAGUAAAAUUGAAUCCAAAUUGUGCCCAAUAUGUUGAAAUCAUCCACACUGACGCAUAUGAAUCUAGAAGCCAAGGUAUAAACGAAACCUUAGGUCACAGUGACUUUUAUGUGAACAGCGCUAAGCAUCAGCCAGGAUGUUCCGAAAAUACAACUUUCUCAAAUCUUGUCUCAGUUGGGAGAAACAGCUUACAUGAAGGGGAAAUUCUGCCAGGCUGUGAUCACAAGAGAUCAUUCAAGUACUUCAUUGAAUCAGUUGCUAAUCGAAAUUGUACCUUCAUGGGAAUUCGUUGCGAAAAUGAUUUUGCUUUCGAAAACGGAAAAUGUGCAUCUUGUACUGAUUCUGACAAUGACUGCAGAAUAUUUGGCCUGAGAACAUAUAGAAACACUAUUCAGAAAGCAAAGUUUUUUCUUAACACAGCUGAUCACGCUCCAUAUUGUAUGUUUCAGUAUAGAAUAAGUAUAUAUAUGAAGAAAACUGGUGGCUUCGGUUAUUUUGAUUUCAUAUUGGUCGACGACAAUGCGAAUAUAGCUGAGGUGAUAUUAUCGUCAUCCAGCCCAGAGUCGAACUAUAGAGAGAUGAAGGGAGAUCAAAAUAACACAUUCGUCUAUUAUGCACACCCGCCUCAGCUUGGUUCCAUUAAAGAAGCCAAAGUGAGAUGGAAUCAGAAGAAAAAGUUUUACUGUAUCAUCUACUGCAGUACAACUGUUAAUGUAGAAAAAAUAUAUGUGAAAUUAUUGAACGGUCACCUAAAAGAUGAAAGGGAAGAAUCAGUUCUAUGUUCUUCAAGUGGCACAGAUAUUGAGGAUGGGACAUUUAAAACUUUCACUUCUUGCUCUGGAUCAAGAACAACUACUACUGAAACUACUGAAACAACUGAAACAAGUACCCUUCCAACGACUAUAAAAAUGUCAACAAAGAAAGCGGAAUCAAUAAGUAAAACAAUACCUGGGCAUUUAGACUAGUUUUAAUUUACACUAAUCCACAAAAUAAUAUAAUAUACAGUCCAUAUAUCAAUAACGCAACAACAAGAGCUUCAUAUACUUAUUUUCAAUUAGCAAAGUGUACAAAAUAAAAGUGUGCGGUCUUUUCAUCAUUUACUGAUUUCGCUCCACCUGGAACCCAUAAUAAAACGAUGUUCUUAUGAGACAGAUCUGGUGGUUUUUAGAAACAGAAUUCUGUAUCACACAUGUUGGAAAUAGUUUUCAACGACAUAAAGACAUAAUAUUUUUAGAGUAAUGAGCUCACAUAAUGAUUUCAAGUAACA